UCAGAUCAAUAAGCUAGUAAAUAAAGUUAACUAAUUUAAGUUUUGUUAAGAAAAAUGGCAAGUUUGGCAUUCCAUUCCUCUUUGAAUAUCUAAUUCAAUAAAUGAAAGCGAAACUGUAAUUGAGGAAUAUUUUUUGUUUAGUUUGUGUUCAGGCCACCCCAGUUCCUCCCCAGGACUCCUGGACCCAGUCGACAUUAGGGUUACCACUCACAGCUUUGGAAUACGUGGAAUUCUUUAAACAUCAGGUGCCAGAGAACCGAACACAGAAAGCUUGUGGGGUACGAAUGAAAUAUGGCUGUGAGAACCCGAUGAUUCAGGAACUUGAUAAUCUUGAAAAUAAUAAUUUGAUCCCAACAGGACCAAUCUGCACCACGGUGAAAAAUCAGCCCAUCUUUCCAAACUUCUGUUCCUUUGCAAGGUACAGGUGUAAGAACAGAGUUUACUUUGACAUGCGGGUGCCUUGUCCAGAUGAUCCCAUCGAGCUUUUCAAGUCUGUCCCCAGAGUUUCAGAUGCACUCACUAGCCAAACUGAUGAUCUUAUCUUGUCUACUAAAUCUAUCGCAAUUUCUGAAGAUGAAACAAAUGAGCCCAACUGGUCUGAAAGUAUGGAGUUUACAGCAACAGAACAAAAUUUCCCAGAGCCUGAAGAUGUUGUUACUCCUUCAUUAAGCGCAAGUGGCUUGAAUAAUCAGAUGUUUGACUCUGAAAGUAGCAAAUCUGAAAGCUAUAAUCCUUACUCCCUUGAUGAGACAAAUGUGGCUGAAGGUGAAACAAAUGUGGCUGAAAGUGAAACAAAUGUGGCUGAAAGUGAAACAAAUGUGGCUGAAAGUGAGACAAGUGUGGCUGAAAGUGAGACAAGUGUGGCUGCAGAUGAGACAAAUAUGGAUGCAUCCAGUGAACUGGAGAGGCAGUCUUUAGCAUUUGGUGGGCACCCUCGGCAGCUGUUGGGCAGGCUGCUUGUGCCAGCUCAAAACCUGAGUAAUCCUGAUUAUAAUCUCCUCAAGAAUCUCAAUAUACAACCACAGCAUGACCUACAGGGAUCACUUCCACUGCAUUUAUUAACAGAAGAAGCUGCAGAAGCAGAGGCAGCAGCAGCUGGAAAUGCAUUGCCAAUACAAGAGGACGAUAAGGCCACUGACCCAACCAGAUAUACAUCCCUGAUUCAGCCUGCUCAUAAUCCACAUAUUCCAAACCCUAUGAAGGGGGAUUUCACGGAUCUCCUGAAAAGGAUGAAUCGGCCUGGAGUUGGCACACUGCAUGACAAGAUAACAAAGGCAGUGAAUGAAGGAAACAUAGAUGAUGUUAAGAAACUUUCAAAACAGUUGUACCAGGUGCUCAUGAAAACCAAUGGUGCACAUUAAUGUCAUUUGCCAAUGGAAGCAGGAGAACCAGCAAACCACUUGAGAAUUUAUCCAGUACAGUCUUCUUCUCUUCUUUGGCUACUGAAUUGGACAAUGCUCAUCUUUAGGACCAGACUAUUAGAAAUUGCCUGGAUUCGGCAAAGAAGAGUAAACAGGAGAAAAGAGGAGACUGACGUAAAAGCAGUAAAGGUGCAGGUAAUGAAAAAGACAAACUAAUUUAGAAGCCUUAAGACCUGUCCUAAUAUUUACAAUGCAUAGUCCAGUAGUCUUGACAAACCACCCUACCUCACCACCACCACCAAUAACACUCAAAGAGAAAUGACUAAACAAAGCCUGAAUGAAUAACAAUGGAAACUUAUAACCUACGCCAAAGACAAGUCUGUCUAAACUUCCCCCAAAAUCCCAUUUUCCAAAUCAAUGUCUGCAAAGACUUUAAUUGGAACAGAAAUGGAUGAGGAGAGGAUCAUCCAGGUUUUAAAUAAUUGAGGCUAAUCUGUCAGAUGGCACACUCUUUUAAUGAACUACAUUCCUCUUUAUGCCUGGCUACUGAACUCAGUCCACAAAAAAUUGUGGUGAAUGCAAAUUUCUUAUUAUGUCCAGUCUCUGUAACACUUUCUUAAAGUCUUUUUAUAUUGAAUACAUUUUUACUGCAUUUUAUAUACAUAUGUUCAAUGAUAUUUAUAUCUACAACACAUUUUCAUAAAAGAAUGUUUGGCUUAAAUUGCUUUUUAGAAAAAGUUCAGUAGAAAAGUACAAUUGCAAUGACUAAUCAAAAACAUGGAAUAUCAAGGAAACCAAAAGUAACAUUGUCUGCAUUGUACAGUAUCUUUUGACUUGAGCUGUAUUGUUGUUUUGUUUAUUCUCGUGGUUACCACCAUUUUGUCGUUCUGUUGUCGCAAUAUGAAGGCCU